GCCCAAGGUCCGAUUGUUCGAACCGGGCCGAACAGAGUCGAUGUUUGCGACAUCAACGCAGUGAAAGAGAUCCAUAGAAACAAUUCGCGUUUCCUCAAAUCCGCUUGGUAUCGCACACUCUUACCCAACGGCACAGAGAACGUCUUCUCGACCACCGACCCGCAUUUCCAUUCGACUCGCCGUCGUUUGCUAGCAUCGCCGUUUUCAGACUCGUCGCUCCACCAGCAUGAAGGCCUGAUUGAAGGCCGAGUACGCAUGGCUAUUUCAAGGAUGGCGGAGGAGAACAAGUCUCGCGGGGUGGCCGAUGUAUUCAAGUGGUGGCUGUUCAUGGCGACCGACAUUAUUGGUGAACUUAGCUUUGGGGAGUCAUUCCGGAUGCUGGAAGCUGGCGAGAAAACUCAAUAUUCUUUGGAUCUCGAGCGAGUCUCAGCCCUCCAACCGAUUCGAACAACUUUUCCGACAAUGGUGAAACUUGGGAACUAUCUCCCCUUGCCUAUCGUCAAGCACACUCAAGAAUGUGGAAAGCGGAUGGCCAUGUACGCAAGCCAAUCCGUUGACCGUUAUAAGAAGAUGAUCGAUGAGAAUCCCUCAAACCCGAAGAAGACUUUGUUUACCAAGCUUUUCGACACCGAGAAAAGCGGGGUGUCUCCCGAUGAUAUAAAAAAAGAGGCGCAAGGCCGAAUUCGUGACAAGUUAGCUGCCGAAGUGGCCGCCUUGUCUGAGCCAAUUCAUGACAACCACCUUCGAAAUCUGCCAUAUCUUAACAUGGUCAUUAACGAGACACUUCGCUUGCAUACGGCUGUUCCUUUUGGGCUGCCUCGGACUGUACCCUCGGAAGGCGCCAAUUUCAAUGGAUACCUCCUUGCGAGUGGAGCGACCGUUUCAACACAGUCCUACAGUCUGCAUCGUGACCCCAUAGUCUUUCCUGAUCCAUUCACUUUCAAACCCGAGAGAUGUGAGAGUCCAACCAAGGAGAUGAAGGAUAUUUCUAUGCCAUUCGGUGGUGGAUCACGCAUCUGCGUGGGAAUACAUUUAGCUCGUAUGGAACUCCGCUUGGGGGCGGCCCUAUUUUUCAGGGAAUUUCCAAACGCUCGUCGAUCCGACAAAUAG